CACAAAGAAAUUAAGAUUAUAAUCCCUUUUAAAUAUUUUUAGCAUAAUACUGUAUUUACAAAUACCAAAAAAAUAAAUACGGUAUACAACGAAUAAUUAUCCUAGAAAUAAUUACAAGUUCCAUCUUCUUCCUCGCGUGUCCAAGUCUUCAAGGUGGAAAUAUCGAAGACAAUACGAAUCGAGAGGAAUUAGGCGACGGAAUUAUCUGAAUACUUUUUAUAGUGAAGGCUUUAAAUCAGGUCAGAUAGUAUUCUUAGUUUGUAGCAAUGGCGGCUCACACACUAUCAGCCCUUCACGUCUCAUCUUCAACCUCAUUGAUUAUCCAGAAGCCCACCAAACACCAUUCUUCGUGUUUGAAGCCGGAUAAUCAAGUCAGCAGUAUUUUCGGCCAAAAACUUUCGAUUCGCAUAUCCAACUUGAAUCUUUCAGCUUCAAAACGACGUAGUUCAACUGUGGCAACUGUCUCUUUUAGUCUCCCUACCUCCAAAGAGAAGACGGCAGCCCCUGAUGGAAAAUUACCCAAAUGGUCUGCUAGGGCAAUAAAAUCAUUUGCCAUGGGGGAGUUGGAAGCUAGGAAACUCAAAUAUCCAAAGACCGGAACUGAAGCUUUGUUAAUGGGUAUCCUGGUUGAAGGUACUAGUUUAGCUGCCAAAUUCUUGAGGGAAAAUGGUAUCACCCUUUUCAAAGUCCGAGAAGCAACUGUUGAGUUACUUGGUAAGGCUGAUAUGUAUUUUUUCAGUCCGGAGCAUCCUCCCUUGACAGAACCAGCUCAAAAGGCUGUUGAUUGGGCCAUUGAAGAAAAACUGAAGUCAGGUGAGAGUGGGGAAGUAACCACGGCACAUUUACUUCUUGGCAUAUGGUCACAGAAGGAGUCUGCAGGGCAGCGGAUAUUGGCUGCUCACGGCUUUGAUGAUGAGAAAGCAAUGGAGUUGGCAAAGAAUGUGAGUUCAGCGUGAGAUUACUUGUUUGAUUCUAGUUUUCUCUCUGACUCAUAUUUAUAUUUGUGCAGAUGGACAAGGACAUAAUUCGGAGCUUCAAAUGAUUGUCAAACAUGUUUGAAUGACUUGCUUGUUAUCGUGGUAUCUUCGUACAUCCACGUUAGAUGGAGAAACAUUUGCAUUGUUAGGCAUGAUGGGUCUGUACGGAAAAGGUUCCGUUCAUUCUUCACUGACUGUCUCUGCAGUCCAGCUGGGUGCUGAUGGGUUUCCUGCAUGAAUAGUUUGGCAUGGUUCAGGGCCUAGCUUGGGUGCAUUUAAUGACAAGAUUACCAAUUGAUCAUAGUGAAUGAAAGUUUAAUACUUCAUGGUUUAGAUAUUAAGUUAGAUUUGAUCCAGCGACUACUCAAUGUGAUCUUUGUACUUGUGAAUCUUAGUAGUUAACUACAAUUUUUGUUGAAUCCAUUGGCAUUUCUAUGUUUGAUCAUGUUUUCCAGUGAAUGCUUGUUUGUACGGAUAACUUCUUGGAUUUUGAUGUCACUUAUUAUAUGGAAAUGUCAAAACACGUUGAGCAUUUUUACGUUGCUCAUUACGAAGACCCAUAAAUAACGAUUUCUUUUGGAUU